AUGGCCGUAUAUGCGGUCGGUGCCUACGUUCUACUAAGUUCAAUCGCAGUCAUAUCUCUCAAUGUUGUCUAUCAGCUGCUUUUCCGCCUGUUGAAUAAAUCUAGGCCGCCGCUAGUUUUUCAUUGGAUUCCAUUCCUGGGCAGUACUAUCAGCUAUGGAAUCGAUCCAUAUAAGUUUUUCUUCUCGUGCCGAGAGAAGCAUGGCGAUAUCUUCACUUUUGUUCUUUUGGGCCGUCAUACUACCGUCUACCUGGGUGUGAAGGGCAACGAAUUUAUCCUAAAUGGCAAGCUAAAGGAUGUAAAUGCAGAGGAGGUGUAUUCCCCUUUAACAACCCCAGUUUUUGGAUCUGAUGUGGUCUAUGAUUGUCCAAAUUCCAAGCUCAUGGAGCAAAAAAAGUUCAUCAAAUAUGGUCUCUCGCAAUCGGCUCUAGAGUCUCACGUCCCCUUGAUCGAAAAGGAAGUACUGGAUUAUCUUAAUACUUCUCCCAACUUCCACGGUCAAUCAGGAGAGGUAGAUAUUUCUAGCGUCAUGGCUGAGAUCACCAUUUUUACUGCUGGGAUUACCCUUCAGGGGGAAGAGGUACGGUCGAAACUCACGACCGAGUUUGCCUCCUUAUAUCAUGAUCUAGAUAAGGGGUUCAGCCCUAUCAAUUUCAUGCUACCGUGGGCCCCUUUACCGCAUAACAAAAAACGUGAUAGUGCCCACUCUCGCAUGCGUGCCAUAUACACCGAUAUCAUUGAUAAGCGGCGACGCGCAGGAGCUGCGUCCACCAAUUCCCAGUCGGACAUGAUUCAUAAUUUGAUGCAAUGCACCUAUAAAAACGGAAAACCGCUACCAGAUAAGGAGAUUGCGCAUAUCAUGAUCACCCUCCUAAUGGCCGGUCAACACUCUUCGUCCUCAAUCAGCUCCUGGAUUAUGCUUCGUCUAGCCUCCCAACCAGAGGUAGUAGAAGAACUUUACCAGGAACAACUAGCCAAUCUAUCUCAUACCGGCCCCGAUCGCAGCCUGGCUUCCCUACAAUAUAAAGACCUCGACAACCUCCCGCUACAUCAAAAUGUGAUCCGCGAAACCCUCCGUCUCAACUCGUCCAUCCAUUCACUCAUGCGAAAAGUCAAGAACCCAAUGCCAGUUCCUAGCACACCCUAUGUAAUUCCCACGUCCCACGUCUUACUAGCAUCACCGGGCGUAACGGCCCUGAGCGAUGAACACUUCCCCAACGCGAUGGAAUGGGAUCCAUAUCGAUGGGAGACCCAGAAACCUGAGGGCAGUGAAAAGGAAGAGGAUAUGGUUGAUUAUGGCUACGGUGUAACGUCCAAGGGCUCUAGUAGCCCAUAUCUUCCAUUUGGAGCUGGCCGUCAUCGCUGUAUUGGAGAAAAGUUUGCAUACGUUAACCUAACUGUAAUCGUGGCUACAGUGGUGCGUCACUUGCGAGUAUACAACUUGGAUGGGAAGAAGGGUGUGCCUGCUACAGACUACACAUCACUCUUUUCUGGCCCUAUGAAGCCUACGCGAAUCCGCUGGGAACGAAGAGUGAAGUCAUAG